AUGGUCACGAUCAGGCGCUACCUGAGGAUUCCCCAAGAGCUGAGGCCUACUCAGAUAUUCAGACAAGACUCCCUUUCGCCCAUCAAGAUAGCAUUGCAGAUUAUUCUGCUCCAGCUCUUUUAUUACUGCACCGCCUACAUAUUAUUUUAUGGAUGGGCAAGGCUGGGUGGCUAUGAUGUCUCGAUAACAAAAUGGCUCUUUACAUGGGAAUUCAUUGAUUUCUCAAAUUCGCUCGGCAUCGUGUUGUCACUUCUUUGGCUACUUGAUUCACUGAUAUGCGUUCUCUUCCUGACGGUAAUUGUUGGUAGGAGCAAACUGGCAUGGGAUUUUGGCAUUACUAUUCAUGCAGUCAACUUGCUUGUGGUGUGGAUCAACACGGGCAGAUGGCCGUCACUCUCUUGGUUUGUGGUUCAACUCUUGUCCUCAGCGAUUUUAGUGUUUCUUGGAACAUGGACCACCAGGUGGAGCGAACUGAGAGACACUUUUUUUGAUGGGUUAGUAAGUUCGCAGCCUAACCCAGAGGGCCAAGUUGAAAUGAAAGAUUUGGAAGCCCAGAAACCUAUAUAA